AUGUCGAAUAACUGGAAGAAACUGAUCCGACGCGAGGGUCUCACCGUGCUCCACGAACCAUCGGAGGCUGCCUACAAGCUUGAUAUUGUCAUAACUCAUGGCCUCAACGGACACCCGUUUCGAACGUUUAACAAUGAAGAGACCAAUUUCUUUUGGCCGGGAGACCUGCCUCGAUUCAUACCCAACGCGCGCAUAACAGUCUUUGGCUACCUAGCUGAUACUACAGACGGAUCUGUUAAUCGUCUCGGCGUCCAGCAGCAUGCCGAAUCGCUUCUUACAAAUCUGAAGAACAAUCGGCUAGGAGCUUUAUCCCGAAGGCCAAUCAUCUUCCUUGGCCACAGUCUCGGUGGUGUUGUAAUAAAACAGACUCUUGUCCUCUCCUCCAUGGCCCAACACCCAGAGGUCUUCGAGUCCACCAAGGCUAUUUUCUUCCUGGGAACCCCUCACCGCGGAAGCCAUGUGUUUGAAAAGGUCAUACCCCAGCUGGGGCUGAAGCUCGCGAGGCUUGCGAACAGAUCGAUCCCUCAAAGUGUCAAUGGCGUAGUUGAUAAGGAUUCGGCCGUCCUAGACAGCGACCUUGCCGAGAAUAUACCCGUCGCCCGAGAUCACAGGACGCUUGAGACUUUGAUCCGCAAAAUCUCCGAGGCCCAAGACUCCAAGGAAGCCAUCUUGAAAAAGAAUGCUAGCCGUCUUAAUCGUAUGGCAGCUGAAUGCCUCAAAAGUCUCAGCGACCCUAGUCUCCCCACGUGUCUCGACAUUUAUGAUGAUCCCCACGAGCGCACCCUUAAUUGGGUGUGGGAAAGAGACAGCGAAUAUUUCAAAUGGCUAGCUGAGGGCGGUAACAUGUUUGCCAUAUCUGGAAAACCUGGCAGUGGCAAGACGGUGCUCAUGAACGCCCUCACUUCCCGAGCUCGCAAGCGCAACACGGAUCAUAUUGUCAUGCACCAUUUUUUCAACAACCGUCGCUCUACUGUUGAGUACUCUCUCGACGGGUUCCUACGCUCAGUCCUCAGCCAGGCCCUCAGACAGGAACCAACUCUUUUUGCUACCACCGUUGUUGAAGAGUGGCGCUGCGUUUCUCGCGCCGGUCUCGGGAACGAUGACGAUGACGGAGUAGCAAGGGGCGGCGAAAACCCCGCCCGCUGGACUACUCGGUCACUGAAGCGCGCAGUUCGCAACUUGCUGCGCGAGGGCUCGCUCCGGUUCAAGUUUCUCAUCUAUAUUGACGCGAUUGACGAGCUACAAGACGACGCCGGUGUUUGGGGGCUGAUUGGACUACUGGUCGACGCCGCGCACCCCGAGUUCCCGACCAAUCUCAAGAUCUGCUUCUCUACCCGUGACAUACCGGCUACCCAAUUGCGCACAAAGAUGGCGGGAUUCCGGCUCGACUCGCGCAACGAGUCAGAUAUUACGAACUUUAUCAACGCCAGGUGGGAAAGCGAAGCGUCACUUAGACCUCUGACCACGGAGAUGGUUAAUCUCAAGAGGGGCAUAAUUCACAAGGCGGAUGGUAUCUUCCUAUGGGCCCGCUUGGCCCUCGACCGCGUGCUCUUGGCCGCGCGUGAUGGUGCUACUGUCAAGGAGUUGCAAGACACCAUCAAGGACAUACCCAGCGAGCUUGAGGGCAUGUUCGAUGUGCUUCUAAGCCACAUAAGUGACCGCUACCUGGAGGAGUCUAACACCAUGUUUGGCAUCGUACUCACUGCCGUGCGGCCCCUUACGCUCAACGAGUUUCGGCUCGCCAUGGCCCUCGCCGGUGCCGAGGAAUCGGUAUCAUCGCACCGGGAUUUCCAAACCUCUAACACGGUCGUCCGUGACGACGAAGCCAUGGUCCGCCGCCUCCGCGCCCGCUGCGGUGGUUUGCUAGAAGUGAGCGCUAGGUACGACAGCUUGGGUGACCCCGUUCUAAGAAAUACGGGUAACCAUGUCAACUCAGGCAUCGUACAGUUCAUUCACCAAUCUGUCAAAGAUUUCCUGGCGAAACAUAGAGAGGUCGGUGGUAGUGGCCGGCUAGCGGCCAAGGAGCUCCAGGUUCGAGGCCACACGACGCUGGCGCGCACCUGCUUACAGUACCUAUCCCUGACAGACGUGCGGGAGACGGUGCGACGGCGCGAAAUGGGCACUAAGGGCCCCUUGCUGCUGGAAGAAUUUCCCUUCUUGCGAUACGCUGCCGAAAACUGGGUUAAACACUGUAGCGAGGCUGAAAAACUGGGCACUUCGCAAGCGGAGCUCAUUGAGAUGCACAUGGGCCAGGAGCAGACCCUCGACUACUGGUGCGAGAUCUAUAGCUACAUAAAUCCAUGGCAUGGGACCUAUCGCGGGUGCGGCCUGGCUUGGCCUUGGCCUGCUUGGGAGGAUGCUGAGAUGACCACAAUACUACUCAAACGCGGGGCCAACCUCCACCACCCCUACUUCAACAACCUGAUCACCUCGAAGGGCUUGCAAAUCAACUUCAACGCAGUCAUAGCAGGGGCGAAUGGAAACACCGAUGCUGCACACGCAUUACUCAAAUUUGUCUCCGACACCGCUCCUGGAAAGCUCAUAGAGGAGUCCGUCUUCGUGGGCUUAGUAGUGGGGUGGUCGAUGAAUCGUGAACGGGCGCACAAGAAGAAAUAUUCGUCGAUAUGGGGCACCAAUUCUCUUGAAUUUUUGGAAAAGUUAGCCAGCGAGCCCGACCUAAUCACUUCCACUACCGCCAUUGACACGGGGUCUUAUGGCCCUGCCCUAUCCUGCUUGAUCUGGAUCCUGACCGGCUGCAAGGAGGACCAGCUGCGCCGGAUCAUUGAUAUGGAUGACAUCGGCGCCUUUUCAAGCAACCCAUUCUUUGUCUGCAUAUUCUUCGAGCACGCUGUUACCCUAUCCUCUCUCCAGUCGAUCCAGUACCUAGCCAAGAAAUUUAAGACAUUCCCCACCCCCAGAGCCACUCACCCGGGCGGCAAUCUCCUCCACCUCGCCAUCUACAAUACCCGCGGCACCUCUGUUCUCAGCUACCUUCUCGACCAAGGUCUCGAUAUUGACGCCCAGGACGACUUCGGAUACACACCUCUCCACCUAGCAGCUUCGGGACUUACUAGCGAUGUCGUCCAGCUCCUUCUCAAUCGCGGUGCCAACAUCACUACACGCAACGUGUUGGGCAUGACCCCUUUUCAUGCCGCGCUGACAAAUCCUCGUCUCUGCCACUGCCUUGACAUUCUCGAUCGCCUCCUUGGCGGGCCUGAGGGCAUGCGUACGAAAGGGCAGGACGGCACCUCGGUGCUUCACGUAGCCGCUGGGUCGGGUCACGUCUCCACCGUCGAGUGGCUUCUGCAUAAGGGCUGCGAUCUUCACCAGCGGGACGAUUUCGGCCGUACCCCACUCCACAUGGCUGCUUUGUCCAACGCAGCCGACGGGGAGAUGUUGGAGCUGUUGCUCGACCAAGGUCUCAGCAUCGAUGACAGCGAUGAUGUGAACAUGACGGCCCUCCAUCACGUCCUGAGUCCCCAUGAUGAAGAUCACUGGAGGUGGAACGACGGUGAUCUUUCUUUAGCCAAGGCUAGGGUUCUGAUUCGUCGCGGCGCAAAGGUCAAUGCUGCCGAUGAGAAGGGAAACACGGCCCUUCAUCUAGCCGCCUGGGGAGAAAAACUGGCCAUCGUGAGAUUAUUACUCCGGGGGCAGACUCGGCGUUGA